AUGUCCAGCGACUUCAAAAAGUAUUUGGCGACCGAGGUCCUGUCGGAGCAGAGGACCGUGUCGUACCGCAACGUUUCGCGCGCCUUGAAGGUCCACGUCAACGCCGCGAAAUGUAUGCUGUACGAGUUCUAUGGAUUUCAGAACGAAAAGAAGCCAGGGUCGGUGUACGCCACAUAUCUCUUGUCUGGAGUGAAGAAACGACAACAGUCCCCUCUCAAGGCCAAUGGAGCCCUAGACGGCGACCACAAGCAAGAACAACAACGACAAGAACAAGAAUUCGAAGAUGAACCGAUCCCUUCAAGCCCACCCCCCUUUACCAGUUCAAUGUUGGAACCGAGCCAGCAGAGUGACAAACAACCCACGGAAGAAGGAGAAGAACGAGAACAAUCUCCACAAGUAAGAGUGCGGACGAUUACACUCGUGAGGGAAGAGAGUCUGAAAGAAAUCAAAGAACAGUACGAAACCAUCAGCUCGAUACACCUCUACAGCCUGUCCCCCGCUCGAAUACAAGAUCUCGUCAGCCUGACCGACGUGGGCCGGGGUUUGUUCACGGACGUGUUUGCAAAGGAGGACCCCCUGGAACACGGGAAACGAUAUGGCAUAAUACAAAACCCCGAAGUGAGAAGACGCAAAGGCAAGCGACCGAUUAUCUCUCAAGGUCCGGCUCCGAAAUUCCAGCCGGUCAGGGAAGAUGCAAAGAACCCACCGCCGCGGACGUCCGCACAGUCAAGCACUCGGCAGAAACAACAGCCUAGCAAAAACGCGGCCGAAGACACGCCCGAGGAAGCUUCUCGACCUGGCUCUCGUGACAGCACAUCUACGACCAACACCCCGUCGAAUAAUAAACAACCUCCCCCUUCACUCAAACGUGGCGGGUCGUCGGAUCUGUUCAAGGCCUUUGCGAAGCAAGGGAACCAAAAACCAAAAACAUCGUCGCUUGCGAAACAAGACCCUGACACUGUGAUGAAGGACGACGACGACGACGACGAAGGAGAGUCGGAAGACGAGGCCUUGUUUCUGGACACGGGGAAACGAACGACCAAGAAGAGGGCCAGUGACGUGAAGAAGGAGCGAGAAGAUAAAGCGGCCAAGCUUCGUAAGAUGAUGGAUUCGGAUGACGAAGAGGAGGCCGAGCCAGGAGUAGUCCCCGCCAAUGCGGAAAACGAAAACGCGACAGGGACCGACGCCGUGAAGGAUGAAGGGGACGAGGAAGAAGUCGCCUGGUCGGAUUCGGAUACGGAGAAACAAAACAAGAAGGAAGCUUCUACAGAAAAGGACGGUGACCAGGCCAACUCCACCACCGCCACCGCCGGUUCAGAACCAAAGAGGCGCAGAGGCAAACGCAAGGUCACGAAGAAACGUACCGUCAAGGACGAGGACGGAUACCUGGUCACGAAGGAGGAGGUGGGUUGGGAGAGUUAUAGCGAGGAAGAACCUGAACCUGCUGUUGCUCCGGUCAAGAAGGUUGCGCCGCCGAAGAGUACCACGACUAGUAGUUUCGGAUCAAACAAGUCACAAAAUCAGAGUGCGGGCAGUCAGAAAGGUGGUGCAGGUGGUGGUGGUGCAAAAUCUGCGCCGAAAAAGGGCGGAAACAUUAUGAGUUUCUUUGGAAAGAAAAAUGCUUGAAAAUGAUAGAUGGCAUGAGCAUCUCUUCUAGCGGAUUGAUUCAUAACUCGCAAAGGAUACCUUGUUGCCUGGUGAGGGUGGGCAUCAAGUCAUGUCGAGGUGUAUGGAUUAGCGUAACGUACAAUAGGAUAAAUGUUGAUCGAGCAUCAAUUGCG